CGUCAAGGAAAUGAAACCUAACAGCAACAAAAUUGCAAAAGAUGGGUAUGCGACGACAUGCUCAAUUCAUAGCUCGAACAGUCAUGGUUCAGGAUAACAAUGUAGAAAGAGCUUCUCGCUUAUUGAAUAAUAUAUUAGGAAAAGAGGGCCUUUUGGAGCAGUACAGACGUACUAGAUAUUAUGAAAAACCCACACAAACAAGGAGAAGGAUUAAUUUUGAAAAAUGUAAAGCAAUUUACUCAGAGGACAUGACUAGAAAAGUUAAAUUUAUUUUAAGAAAGAAUAGAACAGAUCCAUAUCCUGGAGCUUCGUAAA